AUGUCGUCUUUCAAUUACGACCGUUACGACCGUCGCCAGUCGAGCUCACGCAACCGCAGCACCCUGGGCUUCUAUGUUCCUCUGAUCCUCACUGUGACUGUCGCGACAGCUGGCCUGGCGGCAUGGGUGUGGAGCGCGCGCGAAGACGGGCAAGACUACUCUUCAGACGAUGAUCUGAGCUACGGCGAAGACAGUGCCCACGACAGGCGAAAUGGCACGGCGCCCAUGGGCCGUGACCUGGGGCCCGGGGGCGUGGGCGGUGAAGCAUACAGCAAUGAUGCCACUCUGCUCGGCCGCGCCCAGGGAGUCAUCCGUCGCACACCCUCGCCCCAGCAGUUCUUCGAUACCGUGAGCAAGAAGACGGCGGCCGGCUGGGCGGCUGCCGGCGCUGCUGCCGGCGCUGCCCUGGCCUCGAUCCGCGAGGAGGACAAGGACGAGGCCUUUGGCGACCACUCACGAUGGAGCGAGGAGGCAGCCCUGAGAAGGAAUGUCGAAGCCCAGAGCCGGGACAGCGCAGCAGCCGUAGACGCGCAAACCAAGAGCUUCGCGGCCAGCAUGCGCAAGAUCGAAGACAAGAACUGGGGCAAGCGCAAAACCGUCGUCCUCGUCGUCAGCGCAGAAAGCCUUUCAGAAAACCACUUCGAUGAUUCAGCCACCUACCGCGAAGAGAAUGCAACCAUCCUCUCCCACCUUCCCGACACCGACUUCUCCCGCAUAAAGCUCUUCGUCCUCGUCUACUCCCCCGCCUUCCGCUCCCGCCCCCAGUCCCGCGCAAACUCCUCUCUCGGCGGCUCCUACUCUGCUAUCAGCACCCCGGCGCGCACGCCCGGAGAGGAACUCUCCUCCAUCGACCCCAUUGUGUACACCCCUGCCCCCAGCACCCGCGACUCCGACGCCGCACUCUGGAACACGCUGCACCCGCAGGCCCUGCGCCUUGUCGAGGACCCCGCAAUGGUCAUGCCGUUUAGCACCCCAACGGGCUUCGUGCACAUGCUGCGCCACAUUGGCCCGGAUCUCGUGUACGUUGUUGAUGCGCUGAGCGGCGUCAAUGGCCAGAACAUUGAGGAUGUAAGGAAGUGGGUUGGCCAGACGAUUGUCGUUGUUGGGGGCAAUGGCACGGGGUUGGGUGGCCUCGUCGAUACGGAUGAUGAAGGCCCGCUGCGCAAGGGCAAGGAGAACGAGCACACCGUCAGGUGGUGGCAGGUCACCGACAUGGUGGGUCUGGGUAAAGGCGUCGAGGUCGUGGAUGCAUCUCGACUUGCUGAUGACUAUGAGAGGCGCGUUGGCGGACGCGAGUAG